UCCAGGGAUGCUGAAUAACCAGCACCAGCCAGUUACUCCAGCAGUUUGUGUUUGUUUUUUGGGACAAACCAGCAUCUGCAGUUCCUAGUUUCUAACGCCCAGACAGAGUUUGACAGGUUGCUCACUCUUCCAGCCCAGGAGCUGGUGCAUUGGAGACGCCGGUGUCUCCAGCAACAAAGAUACUAGAGGAGCAGGGAGUUGCGCGGUCACCUUUGACCUAGGAAAGGCGCCGGAUUCGAGCAGCGAUUGACCGCCGCCGUCUGGCGAUGCUGAGCGGCGCCCGCGGUCUCGGCACCAGCAGCAACAGCAGCAACUUCUCGAAUGAGCGGCGGGCGGCAGCGGACUCUGUUCCAGAGUUGGGGCACCGGAGCGAGUGCACGGCAGCCUCGUACUGCGGGCAGGCCGGUGGGCCUACCGGCCCAGGGCAGGCGGCGCCCGGAGAAGGAGGAGGAGGCGGCGGCGAUAGCAGCAGCUCAGGCCGCCCCGGGCGGCUUCGAGGACGGCGAAGAUGACGACGUGCUGCUGGUGGCGGUGUUCGAGGCAGAGCGGGGCCUGGGCUGUGGCAGUCAGCGGGUCGAGACCGGCACCACUCUUUCUGGCUUCGACCUGUCCGCUGGGGACGUGUGGAUUUAUCCAAAUAAUUGGCCGAUCCGGACCUACCAGUUCGAUAUGGUCCACGCCGCCCUUUUCCAUAACACGCUGGUCUGUCUGCCCACUGGCCUGGGCAAGACCUUCAUCGCUGCCGUGUCGAUGUACAACUUCUACCGCUGGUACCCUGCGGGGAAAAUUGUGUUCAUGGCCCCAACGAAACCUCUGGUCGCUCAGCAGAUCGAAGCUUGUUACAAGGUGAUGGGCAUCCCGCAGAGCCACAUGGCAGAAAUGACAGGACACACACAGGCAUUGAAUCGCCAGACUAUUUGGAAUACCAGGCGCGUUUUCUUCCUCACACCACAGGUUAUGAUGAAUGACCUUUCUCGAGGAGCUUGUCCAGCUACUGAUGUGAAGUGUUUGGUGGUGGAUGAAGCACAUAAGGCACUAGGAAAUUAUGCUUAUUGCCAGGUUGUUAAGGAGCUAUGCAACUAUACACAUCAAUUCCGUGUUCUGGCCUUGACUGCCACGCCUGGUGGGGACAUAAAGGCUGUACAGCAAGUAAUUUCAAACCUGAUGAUUUCACGUCUGGAGGUCAGGUCUGAAGAUUCAAUAGAUAUCCAACCGUACUCUCACCAGCGACAUGUCGAGAAGUUUGUUCUUCCUUUGGGUCCUGAGCUGAUUGCUGUUCAGUCUUUAUACCUACAGGUCUUGGAAGCAUUCACAAGACGUCUGCUUAAUACUGGAGCCAUACUUCAUAAAGAUAUAGCAAAUUUGACCAAAUAUCAAAUUGUUCUUUCACGUGAACAAUUUAGAAAAAAUCCACCAGGAAACAUUGGGGGUGUUCAACGAGGUAUGGCAGAAGGAGAUUAUGCUCUUUGUAUUAGUCUUUACCAUGGAUAUGAACUUUUAUUACAAAUGGGAAUGCGCUCUUUAUAUGCCUACCUCGAAGGCAUUAUGGAUGGGUCCAAAGGAAUGACACGAGUAUGCAAUGAACUUUGCAGGAAUGCUGUUUUCAUGGAGAUGUACGAGAAGCUGAAAGCCACGUUCUCAAGUGGAAGAACUCUUUUAACAUCUCAAAAGGGUCCUGAAAAUGAGAAACAACUCAUCUACAGUCACCCUAAGCUACAAAAGCUUGAAGAAGUUGUAUUGAACCAUUUCCAUUCCCGGGCAGCAUGUGGAGGUCCAAACACAUCUGGUGGAAAGGUUGAUGGUUCAAGUACUCGUGUUAUGAUCUUCUCCUCAUAUCGGCACAGUGUUCAAGAAAUUGCUGAGAUGCUCAGCAAACAUCAGCCUCUUGUGAAAGCCAUGACAUUUGUUGGACAUGCUUCAGGAAAGAAUACCAAAGGGUUUACACAGAAGGAGCAGCUUGAGGUAAUGAGGUGCUUUCGUGAAGGUGGUUACAAUGUUUUGGUUUCUACGUGCGUGGGUGAAGAAGGUUUGGACAUUGGGGAAGUUGACCUCAUUAUUUGCUUUGAUGUUCAAAAGAGCCCUAUUCGCAUGGUCCAAAGAAUGGGCCGAACAGGCCGGAAGCGAGAAGGCAGAAUAGUGGUCCUUCUUGCUGAAGGACGAGAAGAGCGGACCUACAACCAAAGUCAGUGUUCCAAGCGGAGCAUUUACAAAACCAUUCUAGGAAAUGGUAACAAGACCUUUCACCUUUACGCUAAUAGUCCACGCAUGGUUCCCAAUGGUCUGAAUCCUGCUGCGCACAAGAUGUACAUAACUACUGGAGAGUAUGAAACAAAUAAUGUAUCAAGGAACGCAACAAAGCAUGGAAGAAAGCCGAGUAUUCUACUUCCAGAAUCAUUUGGGUACAGCAAAUCUACAGUGAAUAAGCAGACAAAGGAGGAUGGUUUAUUAACUCCUGAAGAAUUUGAAUUAUGGGACAGAAAAUUCCGAUUGAAAACUGAUUUGGGGACGCCAAAAUUAUUGUUGCUUCCAUUUGAAUAUGUAAAGGAUGAACCGAAAGAUAUGGAACAGGAGAGUGGUUCAAUUCGUGAGCUUUCUCUGUCAGAGUGGAGUCUUUGGCAAAAUCAUCCACAUUGUACCCACUUUGUUGACCAUUCUGAUCGAUGCCAACACUUCAUAAGUAUAAUGGACAUGAUUGAUUUGAUGAGACAAGACGAGAGUGGCUGCGGCUAUUCAUUAGAAAUUAUGCCUUAUUUAAAUAGGGAUGAUAUUUUUGAAAGGACAUUCACACUGCAAUCUAAAUUUACAUCUACUUCCAGUGCAAAAAAUGGAGAAAAAUGUAUAAAGGAUCAGUUAUUAACAAGGCAUAAACAAGAGAAGAAGAAAUGCAAACGUAUUAAUAUAAAACAACAUUUGUGUACAUUAAUGGAUGAAGAUGAGGAAUGCUCUCUUUUUAACACAAGUAAACUAAAAAGGACUAAGGGUCAUUUUUCAUCCUCAAAUCCCGAAACUGUAGAUUCCAAAGAACCAAAGGAGUCUGCACAAUGCGUUUCUGGGAAUUAUAGAGGUAAAGAAGCCUCCUCUGAGGAUGCUGUAUCAAAACCUGGUGAACAAGACUGUCAGUCCCUGGGAGAAACUGAAGUGGAUGUCAGUAACGAUGUGCAGAUGAUGUCUUGUUUUGAUUUGUUCGUUGCGGGGGAUAUCUUGGAGGAUGACAUGAUAAUUAACUUGAAUAAAGAUUCUGUUGUAAACAAAUCGACAAACACCAAACCCAAAUGUGCUGGCACAAGGAGGAAAAGAAAAGGAGGGCACCUUCAUCCUGAACCAAAAAAUGAUUAUGUGAUGAAGGAUAUAAUGACAGAUGACAAUCUUUCUAAAUGCAAUGUAUUGAACAGUGUUGAGUCUGGCCACAAUAGUCAAUUAAAUGAAACAGCAGUUUGUGGAAUAAAUCUAUCCAAACUGUUUUAUCUCCCAGAAUCUCUCAUAAUUAGGGACAACAAUAUACAUAAACGAUCUUCAAAUUCAGGCCCUGGCGUUGAACAUUCCAAUUAUGAACCUGAACAUUCAAAUUAUAAUUCAAUAAAGCAUGUUCCCACCAGUGUUGAAAUAGUUCUGGAAAAUGUAAAAUCAUUUCUUAAUACAUCUCCUCCUCUAGAGGUUUUGCCCUUUUUGGAAGAAGUAAAUUAUGAAGAAAAUCAACCAGCUACAUCAAAAACAACAACAGUGAAUAUUUUAAAUCCCAGUAGAAGUAGUUCACCACCAAUCAAUAUUAAAUCACCAGCUUUAAUGACUCACACAGAGAGUGUGACCUCUGAACACUUGAACAAUCAUGAUUAUGCACGAUCCAGCUCUUCUUGGGAUGAUUUAUUUGAUAGCCAUGUUGAAUAUUUGGAUCAAGAUUAUAAAGCUCAAUCAAGUGCAAGUGAAGAAGAAAUAUUUCAUCCUUCACGUCUGUGUCAAACAGAGACUGAAGAAAAUAAAAACAAUAAAAUACCGAAGGAUUCUAUAAACGAUGAGGCACUUUGUGAAAACAGUUUGUCCUUAUUUGAAGACAAUCUGUUACGAGCUAACCUUCCAACUUUUUACAUUCCUAAUUAUAAAAGUUGUGCAAUCACAAAGGAUAUACCUGGACUUGAACCUCAUGUGUUUAAUGAGCCAAUACAAAAUGCUGAAGCAACCUCCAGUAAAAAAUUGGAAAAUGGAGACACUGAACACAAAGUAACACCAGAGUCAUAUCAGCAUAAAGCAUUUCAAAACCAACCGCUUUUUGAAAAUAUCCAUGUUGAUCAGCAAAUACUUACUGCUGAUGAUAGUAACAGUAACAAGUACAAUUGUUCAGAUGAAUUAUUUUCAGUAAACUUUGAUCUAGCGUUUUCAUUUGAAGAUAUAGUUAAAGAUGCUGAUGCCCCAAUGACUAAUGCUGUUCACAACAAAAACAUUGAAUUCUCAGAGCAUUUUGCAGACAAAUCUGAAAAUGUAGAAGUGACUAAGACGGUUCAAGAUGAAUGCAGCAAUGUGGCUCCUUCAAAAUUAUUUCUUGAAGGAACAAAAGAAAUAAAACUGUGCUCAACACCAAUAUCUUUGAAACGCACAUCUUUGCAGCCAGGCAAAAUGGAAACUUGGCCUUGUAAUGAAGGACAGUGUUCGGCAACACAGGAUUUGUUUUCUCCAAUUUGUCAGCUUGAUCGUGGGGUUUUAUUUACUUCAUCUCCGACUUUUGCAUCCAUUACACCAGAAAAAAAACAUUCUUCUCCCAAAUUCUAUGGUACUACUUCCAGAAAACCACAGUUUAAAAACAGUCCAGUGACUUCUAAUAAUGCUGUGCACAGAGACAUAGAGAUUGUUAAAAAUGUCAUUUUUUCUGAACCUGAAGUCUCUCCUAACAUUAAUGCUGUGAAUUGUGACGAUAGUGGAAUACAUGGAAAUAAAUCACUUAUAAAUUACAAAUCAAACAUUUUCCAAAAAAAAUUGGCAUCACCUAUUAAUGGUGAAUGCAACAGUGAAAGUGACGAAGAGGUUAUCAGAAGACCCAAUAAAAGAAUAAAACUCCGUGUUCCUGAAUCUCCGGAGGUGACUGGUGCCAGUGAUAUCGACUCGCCUAUGUUGGCUGUUCGAAAACAGAGGAAAGUGCUUAAUUUAGGCAUCACAGAUAGUGAAGAUGAUGAUUUUAGAGCAACUUCGAACAAGAAUAAUAAAGAUCCCAAGUUGUCCAGAAAUCUUCAUCGUCCCUAUAUCAAACAUUCUGCUCGACAGUUUCUUGAUGAAGAAGCUGAACUUUCCUCGGAAGGAGCAGAAAAUGUGUCUUCUGAUGAAGAUGACUCUGACAACAUCAUUGAUACCUCUUUGAAACGUUUUAUCAAUGAUGAGUCCCAACUUUCAAAUGAUGUUGAUAUGCAAGCGAUUUACUUGAAAUCUGUACGCAGCCCAAAUAUCUAUAAGAAGAAAAUGGUCUAUAACAGAAAUGAUAUGACUAUCUUCUCACAGGUAAUAUUAUUUAUUUUUAUUAGAUUUAUUUUCUUGGCUCGCUAAAGAGAAAGUUAAAGCUCCAAAUUUAAGAACUUACAUUUACUGUAACACACUGUAGUUUUGUACUUCCAAGUCAGAGAGAGGAAGGACUGCAAAUUGGCAUUUAUUCCUAUUUCCUCUGGAAUACUUCCACUAACAGCCAGAUACAGUAGGUAUCCUUCUUAGGGGUUUGCUUGAAUUCCUGCAGUUGGAUUUCUUACCUGUUGUAGUACCAAAACCACACCAUUGCUAUCCCUUGAUACCAAUAAUUUCUCUUCCUUCAUCCAUUCUGUUACCUUUGAUGUUCUCCAAGAAUCCAUUGCUUUCAGUUUCUCAUCCCUGUACUGCCCCCCCCCCCCCCCCCCACCAACAACAUAUGAAAACCAAGAAGCAUUGUCCAUGUUAAGCUGACCCAGUUGGAUCCCACCAUCCCUCCUAUGCUGACCCUACCUUGAGAUUGUUUGUCUAACAUUCAGUAUUGAAUGAUCUAGGUGCGCAUACAUUUUCUUUAACUAAAUGUUGGAAACAUGAAGCUUAUUGUUUUCCCUCUUCAGUCAAAACUCAGUUCCUUGAGCACUUGACCACUGCUUAGCAAUUGUCUGAGUCUGAUCUAGACUGU